CAAGAGGCUUGUUGAUGGCUCUAGCAAGAUGUUCAGAGUUUGCUAGCAAUGGGUAGCUCUCCCUGAUUGCUCGGUGAUAGUUAAGAGAUGCUGGAUGGAAAUCUACCACAAAUGGAAUCCGUUGUUCUUUGUUGUUUGACAUCUCAUUAUGGCUUGGUGGAUGUUGCAAUCAAUAAGAUGUGGAGGAUAUCCUCUCAGAAGAUGGUGUUCUUUAAGUUCACUGAUCCUUCUCUGCACUAUGAAGUAAAGAUUGUGAUCCAGCAUGAGACGCUUGAAGAAGGACUCGGCUUUAGAGAGGGCAUAAAGGGGCAAGUGCAGAAUGUUUCCCAGUAUCUAUGCCAGGAACCAAUCCAAGUGUACUUUUGAUUUAAAGGGAAAAUUUGCUACAGAUCUGGAGGUAGCCUUAGCACGAAAUCAGGUCCAUGCAUCACAGCUGCCCACAGUCCCUUCUGAAAGAGAUUACUGGUUAAAACAACCUCCUGAUUUUAGCUAUAAACUGUAUAUAACCCCAGGCCUUUUCAGUAAGCCACUGGGAAAGUCGAAAGAGCUGAAAAAGAAGAUGUCGCCAAGCACGCUGUAUGAAGAGUUGCACAGAAUAAGAUCCAGAUUGUUUGCCCCAGUCGUGGAGCAGAAAGAGGAGUCCAAGAUCGUUACAAGGUUUCCCCACGUGGACCCCUACGAAGCCCAGUUAAUGUUUGUAAAGAAGGGAAAGUAUAAGAGCAGCAAGUACCAAGAUCCAAAACCAUUCGACUAUCGACAGUAUGAAUCAGGUAUACCAAAUUUUGUGACAAGCUAUGCCAGAGACCCUCUGAAUCUAAAGUUCAAAGCACAAUGCUUAAGCAAAGUCCAUGGACUUCAUCCUUUAACAGAAGAAAAAAGGGGACCCAGAUCAAAGGAAAAAUUCAUUACCUGCAAGCCUCAAGAACUCAAGUGGGAUUCAAAGUUACUUCUGCCAAAGGAGCCUUGGCCUGCUAAACCUGUUUCCUUUACAAGGCACAAAAGCCAACAAAGUGCACAUAGCGCCUUCAUAGAACGUGUAGAAGAAACGUUAAGUAAGCUGUGGCUGAAAGAGGCAACCAAAAAGGAGGCACAAAGCAGAAGAAAAGCUGCCUAUAGGUCAAAGCAAAAAAUGCAAAGUGCAGCUGUUUCCAUUGAGAGGGAUUUUGAGAUGGAGCAGCAGGCCAGCAGACCACAAGAAAAAAGCCGGCAGAAAGGACAGCUCUCUCCAUCGCUCUCUAUAGCAGUGCAGGGACAGGGGCUGCCAGUGCAUAUCAAACCAGAACCUUUGGGCUUCCUGCUGCCAAAUGGCAUUGCCCAGAGUGUUGAGGAACUGAGGUGCAAGUAAUGAAGGAAAACACUCUGCAGAUACUUGGAUGGAAUGAUGCUUAUCUCUCCUGUUCUUUAACAUUCAUCUCAUGCCCGUGGUACGACAAGGAGGAUAAAUUUCUAACCCACCUCAUCCUGCUAGCUCAGUGACUGUAAC